UAUCUAUCGAAGCUUGAAGUUUAACCGAACAGUGUCGGAUGAAAUAGGUUAAGUUAGGUUAAAUGUUUGAAAAAUAGAACGGUUCGCGUUUGCAGUUAUAUUGUGUUUCCUAUUAAUUUUUAUUUAAUUUUCUUUCUAACUAGAUAGAAAAAUGCUUCGAUAUACUGCACAUGACAUAAACAAGAAGUUAAGAACAAGUGAUAUAAGGAUACGAGAAAAUGUUACAUUUCUGGAAAUGGGACUUCCAGAGAAAAUUAUGGAUGGAUUAUCAUUUGCUGGGUUUCUACGACCAUCCCCUAUACAGUUGAAAGCCAUUCCUAUAGGUCGCUGUGGAUUUGAUCUGAUAAUACGUGCAAAAUCAGGAACUGGAAAAACUAUUGUAUUUGGUAUUAUAGCUCUAGAAAUAUUAGACAUUCAAAUAUCAUCUCCACAAGUCUUAAUAAUAGCACCUACCAGGGAGAUAGCUAUUCAAAUAUCUAAUGUUCUUAAGACAAUAGGUUCAGAAAUAAAAGGAUUAAAAGUUGAAUAUUUCGUGGGAGGAUUAUCAAUAGAAGAUGAUAAGAAAAGGCUGAAUGAAUGUCAUAUAGCGGUUGGUGCUCCAGGUAGAUUAAAGCACUUAAUUGAUAAGAAACUGCUUAAAGUUUCAACUAUUAGGUUAUUUGUCCUUGACGAGGCAGACAAAUUAAUGGAAACAAACUUCCAGAAAGAUAUCAAUUACAUAUUUUCCACACUACCAUUGAACAAACAAGUUAUAGCUUCAAGUGCUACUUACCCUGGAGAUUUGGAAACGUUCUUGCAGAUGUAUAUGUGUUCACCUGUGUUAACAUCGCCAGAUCUUGAUGGACCAAUUUUAGUUGGAGUUAAACAAUUUGUGGUGGUGGUUCCUUCACAUCUUAAUGCCAUGAAGCAGGUACAAAUAAAAGUGGACGAGCUGAAAAAAAUAUUCGUCAAAAUUCCGUUUAAGCAAUGUCUAGUUUUUUCAAAUUAUCAAUCGCGAGCUCAAUCAGUUAGCAAUAAAAUUAAUUCUAUGGGCUUCUCAUCCACAUACAUCGUUGGAAGUCAGGAUAUGGCCAAGAGAUUAGAAGUAAUGGAAAAAUUGAGGAAUUUUAAUUGUAGAAUUCUAAUGACCACGGAUUUAACCGCGAGGGGCAUCGAUAUAGAAAAUAUUAACAUGGUUAUACAUUUGGACAUACCUGUGGAUGCAGCAACAUAUUUGCACAGAAUUGGCAGAGCUGGACGCUAUGGAUCCCGUGGAAUUUCUAUUACAAUAGUUUCCGAAAACGAGCUUCCGUCAUUUAAAGAGUUAUUAAUUUUGGUUAGCGGACCGAACUUUUAUCUAUUUAAACUCGGUCCCGAUUAUACGGAAGAUGUUUGGGCCGACAACACUACAGUAUUCGAGAAAAUCUACUCUAGAUCCGAGACAAGUGGCACCGAACUUUCGGAUAUUGACAAAAAAAUUCUAGAAUCCGAAAACGGCGCACCUAUGGCGAUGCUCACAUCAGCCAGCACGCUACCCUCAACUGACAAUACACUUCCAUUGGAAAAUAAUGAUGCGAAUAGUACUGCAACGAAACAAAAUAAGUGUAAAGAUAUCUCACCAGGAGGUAAAAAAGGCGGUAAAACUAUGACCAAUGAGAUGCGCACAAAACGAAAAAAAUCCUAUUUAGAUGAUAAAAUAAAGGCGUCUUGUAAUGAAUAUAAUAUGAGAAAAGACGAUCUCCAGCAACCUGAGGAAUCUGAGAAACAAGAAGAAGCAUCAACUGCAGUGUCUACUCAGUCAGAUUCAUCCAGUUCAGAAGGAAUCUACAGAUUUACGGUAAAACUUCACCCGGACGAACCUUCUUUUUUAGAGAAAUUAAAUGAGAAUGUUGUUCUCGAAGUGGAUCUUGGAAAUAUUCAGGAACAGGAUCGCGAACUAACUAGUGAUGAGAUUGAGCAAAUUUGCGGAUGUAUAAAAAUCCCAUCAGCUGACGAGAGAGAGGAAAUUGACACGUCAACUGAUAUCAUAAUUGAUAAUAAGAUUACUUCUACAGCGCCUCAGGAUACGAAGGAUUCCAAUGUAGCGCAUGUUACAGAAUCGAACACGGAAAAAUUGGAUACUGAAUCUCGAAAAUGGAAUGAACUAAGCGAGUACCUGUCGAAGUGUACCGAAGAAUUCAACGGAACCGACGAUGAGAUUCCGUUGAAAGCAGCUAUUAGAUGGAAAGAGAAGCUUGACUUUGAAAUCGAAUUAUUAAAUGAUACGUAUAAAAACAUGACCGAUUCCAUACAUAAACUAGUAUACGAGGAGCACUUUUCUGUGCUCAAACAUUUUUUCAGUAUGCAGAGACGGGCAUUCUUGUGCAUUUUCCCGGAACUUCGUACCGAAGAAGAAGUGAAUGAUACGUACGUGUACUCGGGACUUAAUUCAAAUAACAAUUUGUUGGAUAUGUACAAGGAAAUAGAAGAAUUCAAGAGCUGUUUUAAUAGUUCGGAUGGCAAAUUUAACGCACAUUUUCCUUAUCCCACAAACGCCGAUGAACAUAUGCCAAAUUUGAUGAUGUCAGAGUCUGAAAUUGAAGAGUAUCGCAAAGCAUUGCGAUAUCUUAAGGAACAUCAAAAUCCCAGUGAGAAAUUAUUGGAAAUAAUUGACUACAUAGCGUUUCUAAGCGAAACGGAGAAAUGCGAUUUGAUGCAGAAGAUAAAAGAUCGGAAUUUAUCUUUCUCGGAUAUGAAGGAGUUUCUUAAGGAAGAAGCUGUGAAAAGGGACAUAAAGCUGACCAAUUUAAACACAGAUGACGUACAACAGUCUGAAAAUUCAGAGGAUCGCACGGUGCAACGCGAAACGACUGUCGAGAUAGAUGCAUCGAGGAUAAAGAUGGAAGAUGCAAACUGUUUGGAGACAUACGUAGCACAGGAGACUCGUUUUGACGAAGUUAUAGACGGCGAUCAAGACAAGCAUGAGACAGAAGAUACGAAGUGUGAUAUUUCUACCGAUAUAAUUCCCAAUAAUCUUCAUAAAGGAGAUUUUAACGACAGUAAGAGAUUAUUGUUUUCAACGAAGAUGCGAGAAUACGAAAAAGACAUUGAAGCUUGCAGUACUUCCAGCGUGUUAUCGUUAACACCGACAUAUGAUAAGGAUUCAAGCGUCGACAUGGUUGAAUCGAAUCGCCAAUGGAGAGCAGAGUUGAUGAACAAUAGCAGGCAGAAAAGCAGUCAAAAUGACGUCAAGAGGAACACGCAAAUCAAAUACGCACCUGUACAAACGAAUAACGUUCUUUACAAUAACAUGGACAAAUUUUAUGGCGAAUCUGGUAAAUAUAUGAAGUAUCAUAAAGAUAUUCGGGAGAAUAACGUAAGAUCUCACCCGAUGACUUCGACUUCACGAGAAGCUACAAACAUGAAGGUAGCUGCGCCAAGACGUUUACUGGAUUCGACCGCGCGAUCGUUUCACCCGCAAGUCUCGAGUGCUACUUUGAACUCGCGUAUACACAAUCGCGAUUAUCCAUAUGGUUUCAACGCAAUCGACCUCAACACUGGCUACGAAUUUUCAGAAUAUAAAUAUGUGGAUGCAGAAGAAGAAGAAGAGGGGAACAUCUUGAAGCAAAAUAACCAUCUCGAUCCGUUCUCCGAGUAUGCGACGAAGUACUCUUACUUUCCGCAUGUGCAAGACAAAGUGUCACAGCCUAAUUACACGUCGCAGUAUUCCGCUCAUAAGAUCCCUGGUUGUCAUGAGGAAUACAAGGCUCGCGAACCGUACGGUGAUAAUUUGACUUAUGGCAACGUUUCCUUGCACCACGCGGACAUCGACAAAUUUCUGUUGUCAUUGAGAAUGCAAACCAAUCAACUGCAUCUGCAGAUCUACCAGUCACAGAUGUUCGAGAACUGGACCUUAUACGAAUAGUGAUCAAGUGGAAUCGCACUAAUAAUUAACUUGGGAUUGUUUGUACGCUCUAGAUAUUUUUUCUGAACAAUUUCUUUUUUGUUUAUGUCAAUUUUUGUUUUAGCUUAAAUCGAGCUACUCGCAGCGUCCUACUUUAAUGUUUCCGUUUCGAUUUUAAUGCAUCGAGUCUAGAUGCUCGUAUAUCAUAUUUUUAUACGUAAUAUAUAUAAAACUAUAAUAUAAAUAUAUAUUAUAUGAUAUUUUUCAUUUAAUAUAAUAUUUAUAUUUCUUUAUAUAUAAUAUAUAUAAGGAUUAAUAUAUAUAAAAAGAAGGAUUAUAUCUUGCGCUCUUUGGCCAUUGACUACGAGAAAAAUAUUUCAAUAUGAUAUAUCCAAUGGGAAAAUAUCUAAAUUCAGGAUUGUGUACUGGAAAGCAUUAACGACGAGUGUAUUAUAACUAUAAAAAUGGAGGCAUGUUUCUUGUUACAAAUUUGCAUAUCUCUAAUAACAAUCGACAUAUUUCAGGAAACGCAAGAUCUCUGUAUCGACUACUCUUAUUAAGGACUGAGGCUAUUUUUCGUCGAUGUGAUGUCGACUAGGUUCCUUGAGUCGAUCGCUUCUUUACUCUCUUGACAAAAGAAUCGAUCAAAACGGGAGACCAUCUCUAGCAAAUUGAAUAUUAAACAAGUAAUGGUUAUGGAUGGAUCUUUCAUGAUUUAUACGAUCGAUUAAGAUCGAAGAGAUCGGAAGAAGUGUUUGAAGAAGCAAGCGGCAAAAAAUUAGUAGCGUUAGGAAUAUCGACUUUUAAUAGAGUGAGACAGAUAUUCGUAGCGGGAAUGAAGAACGGUGAAUGAUCAACAAUUACAUCUCCUUACGCUCGAACGGAUGAUUAUAUAAAGCGUACUAUCUCUCGAUAGGGGCGAAUAUCUCUAUUAGAGAGGAAAAGAUCGUUAGAUUUAGCUGAACGGCACGAGCGAUCCCGGGUUUAACAGCUAGUGGUAAGACGACAUCGUGAGAGAUCGCAAGAGAGAUCGGCAACGCGGUAGCACCGCGGGCGCAUUUUCGUCCGCGGGUCCGUGGGUCCGUGAGUUCUCACGAUGUGUUUAUGAUCAAGCGACGGCGCCGAGGAAUGACAUGUGAAUCGAUCGAUAGCGAAAGGUCACGCACCUGCGGUACUUAAUACGCACCGCUAAGACUGCGAAGUGUGUGCCGCGGGUAACCUUUCCUUACCGAUUCGAUGCUACCUGCGGUUACGCAAUUCGAUCGAUCUUCUACGAGUGAGUCCUGUAUUGAUCGAAUAUUGUCGGGUAUAGUACUAACGUCGAUUACCAUCCGUUGUAUACUAAUAGUGAUUUCACUGUACAUAUGCGCUUUAUUUUCUUAUAAGAAUUGAGAUAUAGCGAUUUGUAAUACCGUAAUAUAUGUAAAUAUGACGACGCGACGUGUUUUUGAAAUGCGAAUUUGGAAUGUGAAGCAAUUGUGAAGAGAAAAAUGGAUGAUUAUAGUUAUCUUGCACAAAUUUCUGUAGUAUAUAUGUAGUAUUUUUCUGUAGUAUUUUUUCUUAUAUUCGAGAUGCACAUGUUACUGAAUGAACAGUGAAAUACUAAGUUUUAAUAAAAUUAAUAUAAAAAAGUAAUAUAAAAGAGAAAGAAAUGAGAAAUAACUUUUUGCAAACGCAUGUUUUCGCUUUUGUUUAUAAGUAUUGAGACUAUUAUUAUUAUUAAUUAUGAUAAAAUAAUCAAUUUUAUUUGAAA